UGCACCAGGCACCAUUACCAGCAUGUCAGGAGAAAGCUGCGGCCUGGACGGAUCUUGGGUUUUGUCAUCAGCCUGGUAGUAGUCUGCACAUUCUUUUCCUGGAGUGCCUUGACGCUGGCAACAACGGCAGUGAAAGAGCAGGAAUCAGCUGCCAAAGGGUCAGCAGAGGCAGCAGUGCCCCAAAGAACUCUUCUUCAUCACAACCACUCUGCCCCAGCAGAGGACACACCAGUGGCCAUGCGCUCAUCCCACAGCGAGCUAAACCAGGGGGACUACCCCACAGACUACUUCAGUUUGGAAGAGAGGCGCCAAGGCUUUGUGGUUUUUCAUAUGUUUGGCAUGCUCUACAUGUUCAUCUCUCUUGCCAUUGUGUGUGACGAGUUCUUCGUCCCAGCGCUCACCGUCAUCACAGAGAAGCUGGCCAUCUCUGACGACGUCGCAGGAGCCACCUUCAUGGCGGCCGGUGGGUCAGCCCCAGAACUGUUCACCUCCGUCAUUGGAGUCUUUGUUUCCCAUAGUAACGUAGGUAUUGGCACCAUCGUGGGCUCAGCUGUGUUCAACAUUCUCUUUGUGAUCGGCAUGUGUGCCCUGUUCUCCAAGGAAGUGUUGCACCUCACCUGGUGGCCUCUGUUCAGAGACGUCUCCUUCUACAUCGUUGGCUUACUCAUGCUCAUAUAUUUCUUUCUGGAUAACCAAAUCACCCUGGGAGAAAGUAUAGCUCUGCUGAUGUGCUAUGUUACGUAUGUGACAUUUAUGAAGUUCAAUUCCAACGUGGAGCAGCUCAUCAAGGGCAGUUUCACUAACAACCAGGUGGACCAGCUGGACUCUGCACCCAAGGCAAAUGGAGAAGAUGAGAACAAACUGAUGGCCAAACCCCGACUCCAGAGAGAAGGAAGCUGUGCAUCCCUACACAACUCCCUGAUGAGAAACAGCAUCUUCCAGCUGAUGAUACACACACUGGACCCCCUUAGUGGAGAGGGACGAUUUAAAGAGAAAGCAUCAAUCCUUCACAAGAUGGCCAAGAAGAAGUGUAAAGAGGACACUGCUAAUGGUGUUGCUGGCAGAAGAAUUCCCAACAGUACCAACGUGGCUGUUGAGGUGACGCCGCCCAUGAAUGGCAGCAUUGGAGGAAACGAGGGCAGUGAGGAAGACGAGGAUGAAGAUCAGCCUCUGAGCCUUGCCUGGCCAGACACCACCAGGAAACAGCUCACCUACCUCUUCAUCCUCCCCAUUGUCUUGCCCCUCUGGCUUACAAUUCCUGAUGUUAGGAGAGAGUCAUCUACAAGGUUCUUCCCUAUCACUUUCCUUGGUUCCAUUUGUUGGAUUGCUUUCUUCUCCUAUCUAAUGGUGUGGUGGGCUCAUCAGGUUGGUGAGACCUUCUGGAUCACAGAGGAAAUCAUGGGUCUGACCAUAUUAGCAGCAGGCACUUCAAUUCCUGACUUAAUCACCAGUGUGAUUGUUGCGAGGAAAGGGCUUGGCGACAUGGCUGUGUCCAGUUCUGUGGGCUCCAACAUCUUCGAUAUUACAGUAGGUCUGCCAUUCCCAUGGCUCAUCUUUAACAUCCUCAAUGACUUCCAGGCGGUGAAGGUGAGCAGCAACGGCCUGUUCUGCGCCAUUGUGCUCCUCUUCCUCAUGCUCCUCUUCGUCAUCAUCUCCAUCGCAAUGUGCAAGUGGAAAAUGAGCAAGUUCCUGGGUCUCCUUAUGUUUCUGCUCUACUUUGUCUUCCUGAUCGUCAGCGUCAUGCUGGAGGACAAGGUUAUCAUCUGCCCUGUCUCCAUCUGA